AUGCCUGAGGAAAGAAACCCAACACACAAGUAAAGAAAAGAAACUGUACCCAAAGCAAAAAAAAAAAUGAGACAUCUCCUUUACAUUUUCUUCUUCAUUCCCAUUCUUGGUUUUGCAGGAGCUGGUCAAGAAUCAACGCCCAUUGAAGCUCUGAAUCUCCUCCAACUUCUUCCUCAAACCACUGAUCUUGAGCUAGCUGUUUCCGUGAGAGACAACAAAACCAUUACCGAGAUUUCAUCAAGCAUCAUAAAGGCUGAAACUUGGCUUAAAACCCAUGUCCUCUCUCGUUACCCUUCCACCAAAAUCACCACCAUUGUUAUCUUUUCCCCUGACUCUUGCCAAACCACACAACGCAAACCCACCUUUGACCUGGUACUCUCAUCUUUGAAGAACCUACACCAUUCUCUCACAAGAUGGGGUCUUGAGAAGAACAUCAAAGUCUCCUCUGGCUUCUCUUACCAGUGCUUAAACAACCUAGAAGCCUUUAAACCUACUCUCGCCUUCCUCAGAUCCAUAAACUCCACUUUCACCAUAAACCCACCUCCAAACUUCCUCUACUCUCCUGAUAACCAUCUUGAUAUGCUUCGUUCCGUGGAGAAGUUCGGAUCUUUGAGCUUCAACAGAGUGAACUUCUUAAACCCUGACCAAGAAGAAGCUGCGGUGGCGGCGAUGGCAACAAGAAGAAAUCUCAGAUCUUUAAUCAAUUUUAGCAGAAAAUUCACAUUAAACUUCCCAACACUGCCCUCUCCCUCACCGGAAAACUCACCAGUUCACUCCUCCAUCGGAUAUCCAUCUCCACAGCCUUCGCCGGAGCAAUCUCCGCCGGAGCUCUCACCGGCGGAGCAAUCUCCGAUCUCAUCUCCGGCAGAGCAAUCUCCGAUCUCAUCUCCGCCGGAGAAAUCUCCGAUCUCAUCUCCGCCGGAGAAAUCUCCGAUCACAUCUCCGCCGGAGAAAUCUCCGAUCACAUCUCCGCCGGAGCAAUCUCCGAUCUCAUUUCCGCCGGAGAAAUCUCCGAUCGCAUCUCCAGGACUCUCGCUUUCGCCGUGCAUUCCUCAUCCGACUCCUUCGCCGCCGCCGUCGCCGCCGGUGAAAGAGAAGGGGGUGGAAGGGCUGUGGUGCGUGGCGAAACCGAGCGUGGCGGCGGAGACGUUGCAGCAGUCUUUGGACUUUGCGUGCGGACAAGGAGGAGCCAACUGCGACGAGAUUAAGCCUCGUGGGAUAUGUUUCUAUCCGGACACGACCGUGGCUCACGCGUCUUAUGCUUUCAACAGUUACUGGCAAAAGACGAAACGUAACGGAGGAAGUUGCUCUUUCGGUGGCACCGCUAUGCUCAUCACUACUGAUCCAAGUUAUCAGCAUUGCAGGUUUGUUCUGAGUUGAGAUUUGUCGGAAGUGGAAGACCGGUAAUGAUAUCAUGGAAACAGAGCUAGAAGAUGGAAUAUUUUCUCAAUAAUUGUUAUUAGUUAAGAGUUAAUUUCUCUUUAGUUUGUUAAUUUGAAAAUGAUGGUUUUCGUGGACUAUUUUAUCAUUUUGGGUUAAAUAAAUGUUACGAUUAGACCCAAAAUCAUUCAGGCUACUUUCAUAGCUAAUGGGCUUUAUUUUACGUGAGGAAAAAAUAUUGAAAAAAAAAACUAUCAGAGCCAGGUUUCGAUCCUGGGACCUGUGGGUUAUGGGCCCACCACGCU